AUGGCUCCCGUUUCGCUACAGUCUACUUAUAAGUUGGUCUCGGGUUACGAGAUCCCCGUUGUUGGGUUCGGAGUAUACCAAACUCCCUCCGAUGUCACUGAGAAAGUGACCCGCAAGGCCAUUGAGCUUGGAUACCGCCAUGUUGACAGCGCCAAAGUCUACGGAAACGAAUUGGAAAGUGCCGCCGCCAUCCGCGCGUCUGGACUUGAUCGCUCCAAGAUCUUCUAUACUAGCAAGGUGCCCUCGAAAUCCAUGGGAUACGAGAAGGCGAAGAAGGCCAUCGAGGAAAGCAUCGCUGCGGCAAACCUUGGCUAUAUUGACCUGUAUGGACUUACUCGUUCUCCGGAAAACAAAGCGAAUAAACAAACUAACACAGUGGCUAUUAGUAUGUUGAUUCACGCACCCUACGGUGGUAAGGAGGACCGCCUCGGUACAUGGCGUGCACUCGUGGAGGCCCAAAAGGCAGGCCACGUCCGUUCGCUGGGUGUGUCCAACUUUGGUAUCCAGCACCUCGAGGAGUUGGAAGAGUACAUCAAGAGCGGAGCAGGCGGACAAAUCACUGUCGGCCAGUACGAGAUCCACCCGUGGUGCCCGCGCGAUGAUAUUGCGGAGUGGCUGCAGAAGCGCAACAUCGUUGUCGAAGCAUACUCUCCCCUCGUGCAAGCGACUCGCAUGAAGGAGCCGGUUCUGCAGAACCUGGCUAAGAAGCACGGUAAGACUGAGGCUCAGAUUUUGAUCCGCUGGAGUUUGCAGAAGGGAUAUGUGCCCCUGCCUAAGUCGGUGACCGAGUCUCGCAUUCUGGAAAACUCGGAGGUCUUUGACUUCACACUGUCUGAUGAGGACAUGGCUAGCCUGAAGCUCAACGCGUACGAGCCCGUCUGCUGGGAUCCUGUCCGUGACUGCAAGAUCUAA